AUGUUAAUAACCUACGAUAUGUCAUUUUUCUAAAAUUUAGAAGAAAAUGAUUAAAAUAAAAUUUUUACUGCCACCUGCGAGAAAGCUGUAAAAUUGGCAAUUGAUUAUUUUUCUCGUUUAAUAAAAAUUGUCCCAAAAUCUGAAUAAAAUAUGAGAUAUUAAGGCUAAAGCGGUAAAUGUGGUUAAGUUUUAAUUCCUUAAAUAGACAAAGAUUAAGGUAAGGACUCUGAUUUGCAUAUUUAUUUAUAAUAUAGAGAUGAUCUAAAAUAAGAAUAUUUAGCAAGAGCUAGUUGGUGCCAAUUUUUGAAAGGUUUAGGACCUACUCAUGGUAGACUUAACUUCAAUAUAGCUAAAUUAGUUAAUUUAGAUAUGACUGAUUCAAUUGCAUUUGAUGAUUUAUUUUAAAUAGUUGUACAUGAAAUGACUCAUAUAUUAGGUUUUACUGGAACAAGUAUAGCUAAUUGGGUUACUACUGAUGGAUAACCUCAUGUUGAUCCUAUUAUUACAUAAGAAAUAAGGGGAAUUAAUACUAAAUUGCUCGCAACUCCUAACGUUUUAAAGUUUGCCCGAGACUAUUUCGGAUGUCCUUCCUUACCUGGUAUGCCUCUUGAAAAUUAAGGAGGCGGAGGUUCUUUAGGAUCUCAUUGGGAAAUUUCAAUCAUCCAAGAUGAAUAUAUGAAUGCAAAUUCAUCAUAAGCUUCAGGCUAUUUUAGUGGUUUUACAGCUAAUCUUUUAAGAGACACAGGCUUCUAUGCCGAAAUUAACGAAUCUAUGGAAGAAAAAACAUACUUUGGAAAAGGAUAAGGCUGUGAACAUGUCCUUGGAAAUUGCAGAUCUGAUAAAAGAGAAUAUUGUAAAGAUACAGACAAUUUUUUAUGUGAUUAUUAUCACAAUGGAUCUUCUGAGUGUAUAUCUAAUAUGUUUAAUGAACCUGGUUGUAAUACUUAAGAAAUUUACCCAGAUAGAGAAUGCUUUAAUGAUAAAAGUAAAUUUAACACUAAUUUAUAAUAGAGGGCAUUCGGAACAAAAUUCGGGAAUAAUUCUAAAUGUUUUAACGCAACUUUAAUGCAUAUAAAACUUACUUCUUAAUAUAAAGGUAUUAUAAGAGGUAAAUGUUAUGAAUAUAAAUGCAGUUCUGAUGGAUAAUAAAUAACAAUUUAUGUAGGAUAAAAAUAGAAAAUAUGUUCAAUUAAUUUAGAAUAUAUAACAGUUGAGGAAUAUAUAGGAUAAAUUUAAUGUCCAGAAAAUAUUUAAGAGUUUUGUGAAUAUAAAAGAUUUUGUAAAAAUUAUUGUAGUGCAAAUGGAUAUUGCUUAAAAAAUAAAUGUUAUUGCGCUAAUGGAUUCUAUGGAGAAGAUUGCUCAAGCAAUGUACCUGUUUGA